AUGGAAGAAAUGGUCGCUAAUAAAAUUGAUAAAUGGGAGAGCUCGUCUGUGCCAGUCUCUAACAGAAAGGUCAAGGAUUUCUUAGACACACUUCUCACAGCACGAGAUGAAGACGGGAAUGGAAUGACGGCGUUAGAGAUACGAAACGAGGUGGACACUUUCUUGUUUGAAGGCCACGACACGACGGCCAGCGGGAUGACGUGGGCACUGUACGAGCUGGCCAAACACCCAGAGCACCAGGAGAGGAUUUACGACGAGGUCAAGGACGUCUUGGACGGCAGGGAGCAUCUGGACUGGAAUGAUCUUCCGAAGCUGGAGUUCACAACGAUGUGCAUCAAAGAAGGUCUCAGGCUUCACUCGGCUAUUCCAGCUAUUGAGAGAACAACGGUGGGAGAGUGUGUGAUUAAUGGAAUCUCAUUUCCUGCUGGGACACGGGUCGCAAUCCAGCUGUGGAUACUACACCACAAUCCACACAUUUGGGAGGAUCUACACGUUUACAACCCAGAGAGGUUUCCAGACAACCAGGCCAACAUGGAUCCGUUCCAGUUCCUUCCCUUCUCCGCGGGGUCAAGAAAUUGCAUAGGCCAGAACUUCGCUAUGAAUGAAAUGAAGACUACGAUAGCCAGAAUAAUUAGGAAAUUUAGACUGACCGUGGAUCAGAAGAAUAAUGUACGACGUUUACCGAUGGUCACCAUGAAGCCAGAGAACAAAGUCUUGUUGUUCGCUUCGGCCAGGGAUUAG